AUGCUCAUAAGCCUCACGAGCAGGCCUGUGUUUCUACGAAUUUUUUUUAAAAAAUCAAGAAUUCGAUCUUGCUUCUCGGGCAGCAACUUGCAACUUGACACAGCUGCUUCCCUCCCUUUCCUUCAACUGCACUCAACCGCACUGACCGCGCUAAAAUCACUGUUAAAAAAGUACAGCGCGAUUCUUGAUUUAGACUUGCAGUUGGGUUUCGGAUGUAAGAACUCACCGCCAUUUGCUCCAGUGAAAGGGUUAGCAGAAGCCGGAAAUGAUGAACACAUCUGGCAAAUUCAGCAAGAAGAAUUCAAGAGGGCUAUAUUGCAGCCUGGACAAAUUGAAACUUUUGCUCUUCAGACUGUUCAAGAUUUUAUUAGACCUCAGAAGCAAACUAAAUUAGUGCAAGAUGAGAAUCAAUUGUUGGAAAAUAUGCUCCGGACAUUGCUUCAGGAGCUCGUGUCUUCUGCUGCACAGUUGGGGGAGGAAAUAAUGUUAUAUGGGAAAUCAAUUGAUGAUGGGGAGAACUCUCUGGGUCAAGUUCCUCGUCUACUAGAUGUUGUUCUAUAUCUCUGUGAGAGAGAGCAUAUUGAAGGUGGGAUGAUAUUCCAGCUUUUGGAAGAUUUGACUGAAAUGUCUACAAUGAGAAACUGCAAGCAUGUUUUUGGUUACAUAGAGAGUAAGCAAGAUAUACUUGGAAAGCAAGAACUUUUUGCUCGUGGAAAACUUGUGAUGUUGAGAACAUGCAAUCAACUUCUCCGUCGCCUUUCAAAGGCAAAUGAUGUCGUGUUUUGUGGACGAAUUCUUAUGUUUCUGGCACACUUUUUUCCAUUAUCUGAGCGCUCAGCUGUAAACAUAAAAGGAGUUUUCAACACAUCAAAUGAGACUAAAUAUGAGAAAGAGCCACCAGCUGCCAUUUCUCUCGACUUCAACUUCUAUAAAACCUUGUGGAGUUUACAGGAGUACUUCUGUGACCCUUCCCUUACUCUUUCUGCAGUCAAGUGGCAAAAAUUCACAUCGAGUUUGAUGGUUGUCUUGAAUACCUUUGAAGCUCAGCCUUUGAGUGAAGAAGAAGGAGGUGCUAACAAUUUGGAGGAAGAGGCAGCAGCAUUUAACAUAAAGUAUCUCACAAGCAGUAAACUGAUGGGUUUAGAGUUAAAAGAUCCAAGUUUUCGACGCCAUAUUCUUGUGCAGUGCCUCAUACUGUUUGACUACCUUAAGGCUCCAGGAAAGAAUGACAAAGACUUAACAUCUGAAAGCAUGAAAGAAGAAAUAAAAACUCACGAGGAGCAUGUAAAGAAAUUGCUUGAAAUGAUUCCACCUAAAGGAAAAGAUUUUCUUCACAAGGUUGAGCAUAUACUAGAACGUGAAAAGAAUUGGUUGUGGUGGAAACGUGAUGGUUGCCCUCCCUUCGAAAAGCAGCCAAUAGAGAACAAAACUGUCCAAGAUGGAGGCAAAAAACGUAAGCCAAGGUGGAGGUUAGGAAACAAAGAACUCUCUCAACUGUGGAAGUGGGCAGAUCAGAAUCCGAAUGCUUUGACUGAUCCUACACGUGUUCGAACUCCUGCUAUCACAGAUUACUGGAGACCAUUGGCAGAUGAUAUGGAUCCAUCAGCUGGAAUAGAAGCUGAAUAUCACCACAAGAAUAACCGGGUUUAUUGCUGGAAAGGUCUCCGUUUCUCUGCUAGGCAGGAUUUGGAUGGUUUCUCUCGAUUUACUGACCAUGGUAUUGAAGGAGUUGUUCCUUUAGAACUAUUGCCAUCAGAUGUCCGGUCCAAAUACCAAGCUAAACCUAAUGACAGGUCUAAACGUGCCAAAAAGGACGAGCCAAAGGGUGCUUCAAAUCAAGUGGAAGACAAUCAGAUUGCAACACCUGCAAGCGAGAUUGAUGGUGAAGGAAGUAGAACUGAUCUUGAUGCCUCUGCUGCACCAAUGGACACUGAUGCCAUGGUCACAACUGGCAAUAUUUCACAAAGUGGCUCUCCAACCCCAGAUGAACAUCAGAAGCAAAGCCCUGACACUGAUUGUGGUCAAGAGGCAGGCCAGCUAGACGCAGACACCGAAGCAGAGGCAGGAAUGAUAGAUGGAGAGACAGACGCAGAGGUGGAUUUAGAAGCAGUCGGCUGA